UUACUUUGACUCGAGAUCCUUUCUGGUGUUUAACAUGUUUGCAUGUGACGUUUAGAGGCUGUUUGUUGACAGUAAUUACGUAGUAAAUAAAUAGUUUCUGGGCGGCAGAGCGCAGCUACAGUUGGGCACAAUGACGGAAGAUCUGCAGCUUCUCAUUGGCUAGCCCGUCUGCACGGGCACAAAUAGCGGCUUCUGAUUGGCUCAUUUUAGGCUGGCAUCAUUUCUGAGGCUGGCAGUGGUGGUAGUGACCCAGCGAAGCUACACGGACUGUAUGUAAAGGAAGCCAUGUUGAUGCCUGUUUUUUUGUCAAACGUUACAUUCUGGAUGUUUAAUGGACUCCGAACAAAAGACGGGAAGCCUCAGCGGUGAUUGAAGAACCGCGAUGAUUGGAAAGGACCGGACUGGAACGGCACAGGGAGCGCCGGAGGAGAGUUAGGUCACCGGGCAGCUGAUUCAAAGCAACUGAAGUUGAUGCUAGUUAGCUGUGCGGACACUGCGUGGGAUGCGAUUUUUAAACUCCUCGCAUCUUUUCUUAGCUUGUUGCGUUUGACCAAACGAACGGCUAACCAGACUGUUUGGGCGACCCUGCCCGAAGAUAACAACGGGACCGCCAAAUUAGCGUUAGCUUUAUAUAAAACACCCUCGCAAAGCUAGCUGCUAGCAAGCGUUAGCAUGCUGACAACCAGCCCGCAUCGACUGUUCGCUAGCUGAGGCAGCCCUAACUUAUUGUUUCUCUCGGACAGUUGGCCGCUAGAGUGGAGGGGAAAGGCUUUUAUGUAGAAACAUGGUGGUGAAUUCAGUCUCCGGGGGAAGCAGCCUGUUCGGAGCCUAACUUUCCCCCUGCUGCAGUGUUGCGGAGAAGCUGCAGAGCCCUUCUUCCUCGUACCUGAAGCAAGCUGGCGGCCCUCAGGGUAGAAGCCGAGGACAAGGACCUGGGGCCGAUGGCCUGGGUCCUGAAGAUGGACGAUGCCGCCAUCGAGUCGGGGCUGGUGCACGACUUCGAUGCGAGCCUGUCCGGUAUCGGACAGGAGCUCGGUGCUGGAGCUUACAGCAUGAGCGAUGUGCUGGCUCUACCCAUCUUUAAGCAGGAGGACUCCAGCCUUCCCCCUGAAACCAAGACCAAAAACCCCCCAUUCCAGUAUGUUCUCUGCGCCGCCACUUCACCAGCUGUCAAGCUGCAUGACGAGACGCUCACAUACCUAAACCAAGGCCAGUCUUAUGAGAUCCGAAUGUUGGACAACAGAAAAUCAGGGGAGUUACCAGAGCUGACGAACAAGAUGGUGAAGAGCACGGUGCGUGUAGUUUUUCACGACCGUCGGCUGCAGUACACAGAACACCAGCAGCUAGAGGGCUGGAAGUGGAAUCGUCCUGGCGACCGUCUCCUUGACAUUGACAUCCCGAUGUCGGUGGGCAUCGUGGAGCCGAAGACUCACCCCUCCCAGCUCAACGCUGCAGAGUUUCUGUGGGACAUGAACAAAAGAACUUCUGUUUUUGUGCAGGUGCACUGCAUCAGCACAGAAUUCACUCCCAGGAAGCACGGAGGGGAGAAGGGCGUCCCCUUCAGGAUCCAGAUCGACACGUUUGCCCUGGGGGACGGCGGGGACUACACGGAACACCUCCACUCUGCCUCCUGCCAAAUCAAAGUCUUCAAACCAAAGGGGGCGGACCGUAAACAGAAAACAGACAGGGAAAAGAUGGAGAAGCGCACCCCUCAAGAGAAGGAAAAGUACCAGCCUUCUUAUGAUACCACUAUCCUCUCAGAGACGAGGCUUGAACCCAUCAUAGAGGAUUCGGGCGACCAUGAGCUGAAAAAGUCCAGCAAGCGGACUCUUCCCGCCGACUGUGGCGACUCCUUGGCCAAGCGAGGCAGUUGCUCGCCGUGGCCAGACGCCGCCUACACCAGCAGCAACCAGGCAGCUACCCUUUCCUUUGCCUCCACCCCGCUGUCCACCUACACAACCUCCUCCAUACUGGACAGUGACGACUCCUCUCCCAAUCACCAGACGGAUCCUGGUGGCCAUGGCAACCCAGAGCAGCUGAGCCCCACCGCCUCCAUACAGGAAACGCAGAAGUGGCUGCAGAAAAAUCGCUUCAGCUCCUACGCUCGACUCUUCUCUCAUUUCUCAGGUUCUGAUUUGUUAAAGUUGACACGAGACGACCUGGUCCAGAUCUGUGGGCCAGCAGACGGGAUCAGACUUUUCAAUGCACUCAAAUCCAGGUCUGCGUGUCCCAGGUUGACCGUGUACGUCUGUCAGGAGUCUCCUCAGGAGAGCCCCCUGCUGGAGAGACACUGCACUAUUGAAAACGGAGAACACAGGAGCUCCGCUAGUUUACACGUGUACCACGCUCUUUACUUAGAGGAGCUCACAGCUGCAGAACUCAUCCGCAAGAUGGCGUCAGUGUGUGGGAUUCCUCUGGGAACGAUCAACCAGGUGUACAGACAGGGUCCUACAGGCAUACACAUCCUGCUGAGUGACCAGAUGGUUUACAACUUGUCCGACGAGAGCUGUUUUUUGAUCAGCACCGUCAAAGAUGAGUUGGGUGAAGGACUUCAUCUGAUCUUGAAGUAGCGCGGAGGACCGACGGCAUCGCUGAUGCUCCGCCCCUCUGUUCUGGAGCAGAAGCCUCCGCCUGCCUCUACUCUGUAGCUCCGUAUCCUCCCGAUCCCUGCUAUUAGUAAUUAUAAUGAUAAUAAUGAUGAUGAUAGCUUGAUGGAAAGCUGCGUUAAAGCCAUGUAAAUGUUAGAAUCUGACAUGGGGGCUUCCACUGUUUCAUAUUGAAAACAUUAUUGAAGAAGGAGAUUAGUUGAGAGAAGAGAUUUGGGAGGAUACGGGAUCGGGGAGUAGCUGUUUCACUUCGAUUUUUUUUAUGUGGUUUCUGUGUGGAGACGGGAGGGCGGAGGCUCCGAGGCGGAGGGAUGGAGGGCGCUCUAUUCCACUAGAGACUAAAGGAAAGAAGAGUUUCCUCGUUGCUCGUUCCCCCUCCGUACACGACGCACUCAACCAGCACUUGGCCAGUAUUUGAUUAAAGCGAGUGCCGAAUGGCAGCAGAGAAACACGCCGGCGUCGACUCUUACUCAUCCAGGACACGGCCGGAAGACGUUUCACCGCUCAUCCCAACAGGCUUCCCAUUUCUGAUGGUGGAGUUUGAACUCAGCUGGGGAGAAGAAUCGAGGCAGAUUUGAAGUUUUUUUUUAAAGAUUUCAUGAUUUAACUUUUUUGUUAUUUAUAUUAAACAUUCCUCCCCUGUCUAAGGCGUCUUAAGUCCAGAAUUCCCAACCUAGGAUCAGAACUCAAGGAGCCUUUUAGAUGAGAGCUGAAACAUCUUCAACGUUUUUUUUUUAACUCCUAGAACAGAGAAACCCUUCUCACUCUGCUUACUUCUAGACGAGGACGUCUUAAUUAACCGGUCAGCUGAGCUUGGUAAAUUAUCCGGGGUAAAAGAGCGAAAAAUGCCCUCGUUUUGUGGAUUUUGGCACCAUUUGUGAUUUUAUGAACUCGUGUCCCAUAGAAACACGCUCUAUGUGACGUAGCCAUAUCUCGGUGAACAUGAUGUCUCUCAGCUCAGCUGUUUUUAUUUCUUAAACGCUGUUUUUGUUGCUCUCUGUGUGUUUACUGUUCUGGUGCCAUACUGGCUUAUUUGCUGACAUUUAGAGCAUUUCAUCCUUUUCCUUUUUGCCUCAUCUGCAAAACACCAGUAUAAACCUAUGCUUUUGGGGAUUUUUGGCCAUACGUGUUGAAUGAGAUGAUAAAUAAUCUCUUUAUUACCACGCUGAUCAGCAAACGUACUAUAAAGCGGACCAAACUGGUUACCGACGGGCCGUAGCAGCAGCCCAGCAGCGCUAAAGGAGCGGGUUUAGAACGUGUGCACCACUCUCAUCACACUGACCUUUUAUUUUUUAGUUAGUAUGGAAAAAGUUGUGUUUAGCUUGCUGUUUAGUGAAGAGCAUGUGGAAAUCUGGGAGAUAUAAAUUUGUAAGUGAGUGUAUUCCCCUUCUACCUUCCUCCUCCCCUUCAUACAAUGAAGACCAAGCCUGCACUGGAAGGAAUUCACAAAUUCCUAGCUUGAUGUGUAGUCCGUAGCUCCUACAGCCCCAUCCUUCAUAUCCGAUCUGAUGACAAACAAAAACGACAAUAAAGCAGCUGUUUCUGUCUCACCGCGCACCAGAGCCAGGACUGUAGCUGUGUGACGUGUUUACAGUAAAAACCGUUCCUCAACGCUUACGAUUAGCGGAGCAGGUCGAGUCCAGUCUGUGAGCGCGAGCCGGAGAGGUGACCGCAGUUAAAGAUGCUUCUCGUGUGCACAGUAUCAUAUGCUGGAGAUGUUCACGACCACGUGCUGGGAAUAAAUGAUUUCAGAACUUC